AUGCCACGACAAUCACACGGCCGAUCUCUUACUACUUCAGCCACUUCGCGACCACCAAGGCGUAAACCAGCACGGAGCCGGAACCUGGAUGCCUUUGCUAUAGCACAGCAGGAGGAUUCUACCAGAAUCAGAGUCCGACGAAAUAGAUUAGGAGAGAUUGAAGAAGACACUCAUGGCAAAGCAACAUUCGUCACAGGAGAACAGAAUGAUGAUGUCCGUUCUGCUAAACGCCGGAGGACACAUGGUCAAGGAGGUUCUGCAGAUGAAGAAGAUGCAGGUGACGAUAGCGAAGGACACAAAUGGCAUCUAGGUGUCGAUGAUGACGAUGAAGACAGUGAUCUCGACAGUGAUGAGGCUAUGGGCGAAAGUGAUGAAGAGAAAUUUGCAUGUUUCACUUUCCGCGGAAGCAGCACCAAGUCGUCCAAGACACGUCCGCGCAUGAGAGGUCUCGACGGUUCCAAAAGCCUGACGAAUAUCGAUUUACGAGAGAGCACAAAGGAAGAUACCAGCCUCGACAAUGGCAGCCAGUCUACAAAUGAAGAUGAAUUCGGCGAAGGUGCUGUUGAUCUUGCUACGGUACUAGACAUGAACGAAGAACAUGAAGGCGAAAGAGAAGAACUGGGUGGGACUGGCCCCAAAGCUCGGCCAGAAGAACUCGACCGACCUCGAAUUCCAGACGACAGCGGUGGCUGGUCUGGUGAAGACGGAUCUGCAUCCGAGGAUGUGUCCUCUACCCUCUCCUUUUCUGAGGACGAGGAUUCUAGUGUGAAUCAUGCUAGGUUAAAAUCCUUCUUGCAAGACCUGGAAGAACAUGGACCGUCUAAUGCGCCGUCAAAACGGCCCCGACCACCAACCGCGGUGGGGGAGCCAUCGGAUUAUGGCUUAGCACCUUCACAGAAGCUUACAGUGGCAGACCUGCUUGGCUCUGUGACAGAUCCGCGUUUACGCGACUCGUUGAAGAUGCUGCAUCACAGCGAGCAAAAAGGCUACAACAUCUCGACAAAAGGCAUACCAGGGAAGCUGGAACCACCACUCCCGAAGAGGCAACAAGACAGGCUGGACCGUGAAGCUGCAUACAAGAAAAGUAAAGAAACACUGAGUCGUUGGAUUGAUACCGUGAAGCAGAACAGGAGAGCGGCGCACAUUUCGUUUCCACUAUCAGACCCUGAUGCUCUUGCAGCUCUUGCAACGAAUCAAUUGCUGCCUGUUUCUGAGUCAGAAGCUUUGACCCCUCUAGAGUCCGCCAUACGAAGCAUUAUGCAUGAGAGCGGUCUCGCGUCCGACAAAGGUCAGUCCACAGAAGGGAAAUUGCAAGCAUUCGAGGAGCUUGAAGAGAAGAAAAUGCCGAUUGAGGAGGUACAAAUGCGACGUGCCGAACUGAGGAGAGCGCGAGAUCUAAUGUUUCGUGAGGAAUUGCGAGCACGGCGCAUCAAAAAAAUCAAGAGCAAGGCAUACAGAAGAGUACACCGCAAGGAGCGCGACAAGCAUGCACAGGAGGAGCGAGCAGCGUUGUUAGCGGCGGGUGCCCUGGAUUCUGAGGAUGAACGUGAAAGGCAGGAUCGACGAAGGGCAGAGGAGAGGAUGGGGGCACGUCACAGGGAAAGUAGAUGGGCUAAGGGAAUGAAGGCGGCUGGCCGCACCGUUUGGGACGAAGAUGCUAGGUUGGGAGUAAACGAACUAGCCCGUAAAGAAGACGAGCUUCGGAAGCGAAUUGAAGGUAAAGAUCUAAAUCGAUCCGAUGAAUUAGUGGUCGACUCAUCCGACCAAGAGUCUUCUGAUGACAUUUCUGUCGACGAAUAUGAUGAGGUUGAAGGCCUCAGGCUGGAGCGAAAGCUGGCAAACGUGGAAACUGCAGAUCGAGCAAAUAUCGCAGGUUCAAGGCUUAACUCGAUGCCGUUUAUGCGAAAGGCUGAAACCGCCCAACGAGCAUUGAAUCAGGCAGAAAUUAAGGAAACUCGGCGCAUUCUGGCGGCAGAAGAUGGGGAGAGCGAGGAUAAGGACAUAGCCCUCUCUGACAGUGGAGGACGGCGAAAGUUUGGACUGGGACAGCAAAGCAAGAGUGGGCAAGCGCCUCGACCUGAGGAGAAGAAUGGGUUCGAAGAGCCACUGUCAGAAAACGAGGCCCAGCAGAUGAGCCCGGCUGGAGAAGAAUUAUCUAAGCCGAGUCGACAUGUGUUGCGAAAGGAACAAGCCAUCGCUAAGAAACCGACUUCGAUGCAAUCUCAUGCUCGCGAGGAGGUAACCGAAUCCCUUCACGAAAUUGACAAUCCCUGGUUAUCCGGACCAAGGAACCGCAAGUCGGGCCUCACGACAGGCAAGUCCAUCAUAUCGCCGGAUAUCGUCUUACAGGAUCAAAGAAUGGCUUCAAAUGCUCCGAACAAGAGGAAUUUGAGCUCAAAGACAACGCAGGUCCCUCCAGCGAUAAUAGGGGAGCUGACCAGCUCAUCUAACUCGGACGAAGAGAAUCCAGGCCAGCCUACAGUGCGCACGCGGCUGCCGAAGCGAAAUAAAGAGUUGGUUCGCAUGGCCUUUGCUGGAGAUGAUGUGUUUCAAGCCUUUGCCGAGGAGAAAAGGGCGACCAUGGACGAACAAGGCGACCAGGUCGUGGACACUUCUCUACCGGGUUGGGGCAGCUGGACUGGUGCAGGGAUCAGUAAGAAGGAGCAAAGACGUGCCAAUUCUCAGAAAACAACAACCACGAUCAAAGGUGUUGAUCCAAGUAAGAGGAAGGACGCCAAGCUCGAGAGAGUCAUUAUCAAUGAAAAGCGAAUAAAGAAGGUCAUUCAUUUGGCCGGAGCGCUACCCCGACCUCAGGGCUUCGGUCAUUCUUCAACGAACUCCUCAAACUUUCAUUCCAACUCCUCGCAACCGUCAACAAUCGAUCUUCCCCUCAAACCAACAAGACCGACGUCCUCCGCCACAGUCAUACUAGUAAAUGCCAAUUUGCAGUUGCAGGUUGUCACCUCAACCGACCUACCGCCUGUACAAGUUCCCACUUCUACAUCUGCAACGCAGAGCUGGCCGGAUACGAGUGGGAGCAUACAGAGCACUCUAGAGACGGGUGGAAAUCCUACUAUUCAGCCAUUUCCAACAAGCCUGCCUUCGGUGACAGGCUCUACCCUCUUGCCCCUUACGACUUUCGCUCCGUUCACCAAUGCGACUGAGGUUCAAGAACCCACGACCACACAAACCAUUUCCGUCCCAACCACCACACUAGAAAGCAUUGUCACGCAAUCAACAGUAGCAACCUUACCGUUGGAAACACUCUCGACCUUCUUGUCGGAAACUACUCAUGCUACCACGAUUACGCUAAAGAGCUCAACGAUAACGUCGACAGUCGAGAGCACAGUAACAGCAACAUCGACCUCUCUGACUCUGGUCGUGACUACACUAGUCGCCUCAAGCACGUCGACCACUAUCCUGGCAACCACAAUUACGACUAACGGUAAUCCAACAUCUAUUCCUACUGUUGCUCCAAAUUGCACCUGCGACAUGGGUCCCGAACAAGAUAUUUUCCUACCAGUUGGUCUUGGAGCUCCACCAGCCAACAUUGCGCGGCGAAGUGGUCAUCCAGCUCCGCGCCUUGGCAUUCAGAACACCACCAGCCCUAUUCCGACCAACAAGUUCUAUGCCAAUUUCUUCCUUGGAAGCCAGGGUCAGAGUACAUUCACUCAGCCGUAUAGCAUCUCCUGGAGCAGAGGUGGUGGAAAUGCACAGAGCUGGGGCAUGGCCAUCUCACAUAUCGAACCUGGUCAGAGAGUAUUCGGUCCUCCACGAGCUGGCAUACCUGGGUCUCCAGCUUCCUACUUUAUCAACCCUAUCGGCAUCCAGUCGAUCGUCAUGUCGGCUUCGGAACUGAGAACAUCCACUGUUUUAACGUCCGACUCGCUGCAAGCCUUCUCUGCCAAUAUCAAUCUUCGGCCAGACUCCGGUUCCGCCUCGUGCAUCACCUUCCCCGUCGUGCAGGGUAUGGGCUUCGUAACCGGGCUUUACAAUAAUCUGCAACCAGUUAUUCAAAGCAGCGUUUUCUUCAGAAAUGUCGUCUCGGCUGAGCCUCUUCGACAAGGCACGUUCAAGUAUCGCAUCGCUUUGGAGGAUGGUACAGUGUGGUUGCUGUACGCCAUGUCUACUAGUGGUGUCGAUCCAAACUUUCGACUGGUCUCCAGCACACUUCUCCAAGGUCUGCCCAGUUUCUCUGGUGUGAUCCAGAUCGCAAAGAAUCCUGCCUACUCGGAGUCCACGUACGACGAUGCAGCCGGAGCAUAUGCCACGAGCGCGACUGUCUCCGGCCAAGCAAACGGGUCUACUGCUUCCUAUAGUCUAACCUGGACCAAGGGAGGGCCAAAUGCUGAUAAGGCGACUCUGCUCAUGUUUGCAAUGCCGCACCACGUUGAAUCUUUCAAUGCGACAACGAGAGCUCGCAUUACGUCACUUCAGCUGUCAACGACAACCAAGGGAAUGGGAACUGCCGUGGCCGCCGACUCUUGGACAAUGCUGGAGACAAACUUGCCGAUUGACAUGGGAUUCGCGCCUUGGCGGCCUACAAGUGGUAAUGUCUCAACACUCUCUGACACCGCGAUCAGUGCAAUCGAAAAGGUCUCCGCAAGUGAGGUCUCGCAAAACAUGUCAGCCCAAACCAAUUUGGACAGCAUGUACUUCAGCGGAAAGGGCCUCAGUAAGUUCGCGACUAUUGUGUAUACGAUGAACGAGCUCUCGGGACAAAAAGGACUUGCCGCUGCGGGAUUAGCAAACCUGAAAUCUGCCUUUGCUGUGUUUGCCAAAAAUCAACAGCGAUAUCCACUCUUUUAUGACACCGAUUGGAAAGGUGUGGUGUCAUCCGCCACAUAUCUCACUGGUGAUCCUGGGAACGAUUUUGGCAAUUCAUUUUAUAAUGAUCACCAUUUCCAUUAUGGCUAUUUCAUCCAUGCUGCUGCCGUCAUCGGCUAUCUCGACCCAUCAUGGCUUGCAAAGAACAAAGAUUAUGUGAAUACGCUUGUUCGCGAUGCCUCGAACCCGAGUGGCCAAGACCAGUUCUUCCCCGUGUCCAGAUCUUUUGACUGGUACAAUGGUCAUUCUUGGGCCAAGGGACUUUUCGAAUCUGCUGAUGGCAAAGAUCAGGAAUCCACCUCGGAAGAUGCCAUGUUCGCCUAUGCUCUCAAGAUGUGGGGCAAGACCACUGGAGAUGCCAGCAUGGAAGCCCGUGGUAAUGUCAUGCUGUCGGUACUGACUCGAAGUCUGCGUGACUACUUCUUGCUGGAGAAGAACAAUGUUAAUCAACCGUCCGACUUCAUUGGAAACAAGGUGACAGGCAUCUUGUUUGAGAAUAAGAUUGAUCACACUACCUACUUUGGGGCCAACCUGGAGUAUAUUCAAGGAAUUCACAUGGUCCCAUUGAUGCCGUUCUCAACAUUGACCAGGAACGAGAAUUUUGUGACUGAGGAGUGGAACACGUAUUUCAGUGAUGGGAUGGUCGCACAAGCAUCCAGUGUUCAAGGAGGAUGGAAAAGUAUCUUGUAUGCUAACCUGGCCAUCAUUAACCCUAAAGCAGCUUUCAAAUUUUUCAACCAAGAGAAUUUUGAUCCUAGUUGGCUUGACGGUGGUGCUAGCAGGACAUGGUAUUUGGCCUUCGCAGCUGCUGCAACUUCGAUCAAACAACACUUCCAGCGUCAAGGGUCAAGCCACAGAAUGCCGUCGCAGGCCGAGGCCGAAGGCAAUGGCAGCAUUGCGCCAGACGUUGCCAAUGAGCAUACACAUCUUCUUGGUCGGAUAAUGUCAACGGACUCAGGGACACCAUACUACAAGAGUGAAAAUGCCUACAUCCGAUGGCCAGCAAUGGUGCUUCAUACAACCUGGCAGGUUCUCAUCAGCAAUUAUGUGAAUGUGUUAUUGGUCUUUGUACCGCUUGGGAUCAUAUCAGGAGCUAUGCAUUGGAACCCGACCGUCAUCUUUAUCCUCAAUUUCUUCGCCAUCAUGCCGCUGGCGUCGCUUUUGAGCUUUGCGACAGAAGAACUCGCCGUUCCUCUAGGUGAAACGCUUGGGGGCUUGAUGAACGCAACUUUCGGCAAUGCGGUGGAGCUUAUCGUCAGUAUUGUCGCCCUCAAGAACAAUGAGAUUCGAAUUGUCCAAUCAAGCAUGCUUGGUAGCAUCCUUUCGAAUAUCCUGCUUGUCCUUGGAUGCUGUUUCAUCGCCGGCGGUAUCAAAUAUCACGAACAGAGCUUCAAUACGACUGUAGCCUCCACCAUGUCAUCGCUCAUGGCCGUUGCGUCCGCAUCUCUCAUCAUCCCGGCAACCCUCUAUGCGGCUCUAGCGAAAUCAAAGAACGUGAGUUCGGAAGACAACAUCUUGGUUCUGUCCCAUGGCACAGCCAUAAUACUGUUGUUGGUCUACAUUAUGUAUCUUUUCUUCCAACUCAAGACUCACGCCGACCUGUUUGAUCCCGAAGGCCAAGAGGGAGGCGCCUCUCAAGAAGCAGAGAUUCUUGGACCGUGGGCUGCGGGCGCGGCUCUGGUGGUGGUGACUGUGGUGGUUGCGAUCUGCGCAGAAUUUCUCGUUGACAGCAUUGACUCGAUCGUUGAAUCAGCGCACAUCAGCAAAACAUUUAUUGGGCUGAUCCUGAUUCCCAUCGUCGGAAAUGCCGCCGAGCAUGUCACUGCAGUGGUGGUGGCUUACAAAGACAAGAUGGAUUUAGCAAUUGGCGUGGCAAUCGGUAGCAGCUUGCAAAUUGCUCUCUUCGUCACGCCCUUCCUCGUCGUCCUUGGUUGGGCUAUGGACAGAAAGAUGACUCUACACUUCGAGACCUUCGAAACGGUGGCGUUCUUCUUGUCAUCGCUAGUCGUUACACUCUUGAUCCAAGAUGGGAAGUCGAACUAUUUGGAAGGCGGUCUCUGCAUUGGAAUGUACGUCAUCAUCGCUCUCGCUUUUUACGUGUAUCCCGAGGACACUACUUUGGAUCUGGUUGGUUGGGUUGGAGGACUCGUGAAAGGGUAG